AUGGAACAAAAGAGCAUAUUUUUUGAGUUGGAAUACUGGAAAGACAAUAUGAUUCGUCACAAUCUUGAUACGAUGCAUAUUGAAAAGAAUGUCUUAGACAAUAUAUUUUGGACAUUAUUGAAUGUUGAUGGAAAAGGAAAAGAUAAUUUAAACUCCCGUUUAGAUUUACAAGAGAUGGGGAUCCGAAAAGCUUUGCAUCCUAAGAAAAAGGCUAAUGGAAAAUAUUUUCUUCCUCCUGCAUGUUUCACAUUGAGUAACACACAAAAAGACAUCCUCUUACAGGUGUUAAAAGAUGUGAAAGUGCCAGACGGAUAUGCUUCAAAUAUCUCAAGUUGUGUUGAUCUCAAGCAACUCACAAUGCAUGGGUUGAAGAGUCAUGACUGCCGUAUUAUAAUGCAACAACUCCUUCCUAUUGCCUUGCAGAAUCUCCUGCCAGUGAAUGUACUUAAGCCAUUGAUUGAAUUAAGUAAUUUCUUUAGGGGCAUUUGUUCAAAAGAUCUGAAGAUAGGUGACUUAGAAAAACUCCAAGAUCGAGUUGCAAUAACUCUAUGUCAUUUGGAGAGAAUAUUUCCUCCAUCUUUCUUUGAUAUCAUGGAACAUCUACUUAUCCAUUUAGCUGAAGAAACAAUGUUGGGAGGACCUUCAAAAUAUCGCUCAAUGUGGUUUAUCGAACGGUUCUUGCUUUGUCUUAAAAACUACGUAAGGAAUAGACGUUAUCCAGAAGGUGCGAUUGAAGAGGGACGUUGGAUAGACGAAUUAAUGACGUUUUGCUCAUGGUAUUUAGAUGACGUCGAGACUAAGUCUAAUCCACCUUUAAGAAAUUAUGUUUUAUCUGCACGUGCUCAAGCCCACAAAUAUGUUUUAUUUAAUUCUACCUCCACCACUUCAUAUCGUGACAAGGGGCUUAUUGAGAAAGAUGAUUAUGGAUUUACUCUUGUGAAUUUUAAUCAUUUACUCUAUACAAGACAUCAGUUAUCAGAUGAACUAUUCAUCUUUGCUUCUCAAGCUCAACAAGUGUUUUAUGUCGAUCAUCCUAUGGAAAAGGAGUGGCAAAUGGUUGUUAAACUUAAGCUAAGAGGUUUUUAUGAUUUAGGUGAUGACACACCAACAAUUGAGCAUAAGGAAGGGCAUAUGUAG